AUGGAAACUGACCCAGGGGGGUCAGGAAAUGGCGCUUCCACCAUGGCAAUGGAGAUGCAGUCGAAGGAGCAGUCCAUAGAGGAGUUGAGAGCCGAAUUGGUGAUGGUUCGACAGGAGCUGUCAAAAAAGGACGAUGAUAAGAAGACCAUUGAAAGAUUGAUGAUGAUCAUCGAAGCCCAGCAGCGGACAAUUACCGGCCAAACAGUUAAAUUAGACCUCCUACUGAAAACCCAGGUACCUUCCCAUCUAAAUAUUACACAUUCUUCCCAAACACUUCCCAAAAAUCCCAGUAAAGACAAAGCUGUCAAUCUUAAGAGACCGUUAAAUAAUUCAAGCGAUCUUUCAACAGACGACGAUACACUCCCUGACGGUUUUACCAAGGUUAAGCCCCGUAAAACGCGACGAAACAAGACCGACACGACAGGCUUUCCUCCUCUCCCUCCACCAAAAUCGCAGUCUGAAACGUCUCAUUCAACUGCAAGCGACUCGAAUAAACAGCCUGUGCCUAAUCUAUCGAUUACUUCCACGCCUUUGACAUCUCAGGUACCAGAAGACACGACUGCACAGCCCCCACGCAAGGUACGUGUUACCCCCAUCAUUCUUCGCGAUGCUUCGAGAUGGCGAGGCGUAAAUCACAAGUUUAUUUCUUUGGGCAUCAAAUUCGAACGCGCGGUUGCCGUCGAUGCAGGAAUCAGGAUAAUUCCCAAGUCCGAGGAUGAUUACCGCAGGAUUAUUCGUCUCUUCAGGGAGGAAGAGGUGCCCCAUCACACUUUCCCUCUACCCUCCGAGAGGAACAUUCAUGCUGUAAUCAGAGGAGUACAUGCGACACUUUCGGAAAUUGAGAUCAAGGAAGAGUUGCAACAGAGGGGAUAUUCCCCCCUGCACAUAAUUCGCCUGAAACGCGGUGGCGGCGUGCCCAUGCCUUUGGUGGUAGUCAUACUGCCCAAGAUAGAAAAAUCUCAGCAGCUGUUCAACGAACACGAGCUGCUAGGUUUGGCUAUCCGAGUCGAAGUUCAAAAGAACUCAAGACUCAUCGGGCAGUGUCACCGCUGCCAAAAAUAUGGGCAUGCGCAAUCUUACUGCACUGCACCACCUAAAUGUCUAAAAUGUGCUUCUGACCACAUGACCCACUUAUGCCCUCAAACAGAACAAGAGGAACCAAAGUGUGCGAACUGUGGAGGGGGGCAUCCAGCGAAUAGCCGAACUUGCAGAUUUGCCCCUAAGAAAAAUCUGCAAGUGAUAGCGCAAAGGCGCAAUGUAAGUUACGCGGAUGCAGCUAGGGAUACAACCCGGGCUGCCCCCUCUGUGGGAUCUUCUGCGAACACGCAAAAUGUGGACCUGGCAACCGCGCUAAGGUCCUUACAGCAGAUCAUAGGUCCUCUGAUUAGCGCAACACAGGCUUUGCAGGCGAUCUUUCCUGCAAAUGGCUAG